AUGUGGGCAUCUGCCCGGACCGGAUGGUAUAUAAGCCCAUGAACUGGACUGCCCAGUUCUUGAUUCGGGAUUUCUCUUUACCACCAUCCCCUUUUCCUUUUGUUCUUGCUUUGGUUUGUUUUUUUACUUUCCUGAGCAUUUCCUUUUGUUAUUUCCUACUGUCAUCUUUCCAAACUUUUUUUCUAUCACACCAACAUUUGUUUUCGUCUUGACCUUCCAGCUCGCCCACCAUGCGUCUCAACGCCUUCCGCCUGCUGGCCUUUGUCGCCGUCGGGGCCAUCCCGUCGAUGGCCCUGCCGCUCGACCGGCCGUCUUUCGAUCUUGUCGCGCGGGACUUCCUGGCCCCCGGCCUCGCCGAGGCGCUCGCCGUCGCCAAGCGGGCCGAGGUGGUCGACGAAGCGGGCGCGCUGUACCCGCUGCCCCUGCCGCCCGGAAAAACCUCUGCGGAUAUGAACAAGCCCAAGCAGCCCAACUACAUGAAGGACACCGUUAGCUCUAAGAACAAGAAGACCACCAAGAAGGGCAAACGCUCCAACGAGGUUGAGGAGGCGGGCGCUCUUUACCCGCUGCCCCUGCCUCCCGGAAAAACCUCUGCGGAUAUGAACAAGCCCAAGCAGCCCAACUACAUGAAGGACACCGUUAGCUCCAAGAAUAAAAAGACCACCAAAAAGGGCAAGCGCUCGGCCAACGACGAGUCCGCCCCGGAGCUGGCGGCGAGGGACCUCGAGCAGUAGAGGGCGCCCGGACUGGAGGUGCGUCACCCGGAAAGGUCUGCGCUCCACAAUGGCAUCGCUGAGCCGUGGCACGCAUGCUUUGUCACGAAGGCCAGGGGGGGUAGGCGCCUCCGUCUUGGGUUUUUGUUGUUGUUUUUGGAGUCGGGUUCUGCGUCUUGUUUUUUUUCCUGCGGUGUAAGCAUGGUGUUUUUUGGGCACGCCGGCUAGGUAGCGUUUGUCUUUGCAGAAUAUACAAUGUUGGUGUUG